CAUCAAUUAUAUUUACAAAUCCAGUCAUCUACAUUGUUCUGUAAAAUAAACAAGCCUUCUGACAAUAUUCACGACACACUUCAUGAUACACUGUGAAGACUUUUCAGAUGCAUUUAAUCGCAAUACUGAUAUCAUAUUCUCACAAGUGCAGCUAUUCAUCUAUCUUAAAACUUUUAGUUAAAGAAAAAAAAAGGCUCCAUGGCUAAUACAAUAGACUACAUUUCCCAGCAGCCCCAGCCCUCAGUCACACCGUAUCCAGGAAGACAUGUUCCCGUUGUCAAGCAAACUUUCUGCACUGGCUCCAGAAGCGUUACUCUACUACAUAGCGUGCACAACAGUGGGAGAUUAGCUGAAAUUUCGGACUGACAUAAAUAUGUAAUUGACUGAUGCUCGUAAGGUAAUAUAUUGUUUUAGCAAAUAUGUCUGAAAUCUGCACGUGUUAACAGAAACAUUAUGUAUGUUUUUAACAGAUGGAGAGUGAAGGUCAUAAGAAAUGAUGAAUCCAGUGAGGGGUCCAGGCACUGCUCAUUCUUUUGUGACAGAGUUUGAGGGUUCUGGGCAAAUCAACCCGAAUCCUGCGAAUGCUGAGGACUCAGAUCUGCUUUUUGAUAUUUACCUCUCUCCUGAAAAGCUCAGAACUCUGUCUGGUUAUGAAGAUCUACAGCAGGUCACAAGCUUGGAAAUGUGUGUUGACACCCGUCAAACUAUUUUGGGCAACCUUGGUGUUCACUUGCCCAAUCUUGUACAGCUGAAAAUGAACAACAGUUUGAUUUUAUCUGUGCGGGAUCUUGGAAUCACUCUGUCUCACCUACAAGUGCUGUCCCUAGUUCGAUGUGGCCUAACCGACUUAGAAGGACUCCCCUCACUUUCCUUACUUAAGGAGCUGUAUGUGGCCUAUAAUAAUGUGUCAGAUCUAAGCCAGGUAUGCAUGCUGGAACAGCUAGAACUGGUGGACCUUGAAGGGAACAAUGUGGAUGAUCUGGUUCAAGUGCAAUACCUGGGUCUGUGUGGGAAGUUAAAAACCCUGACACUGGAGGGGAACCCUGUGUGUACCUGCCCCCGUCCAGGAGCUUUACAGGUGUCUGAGUACAGCUAUAGGUCUGCUGUAAGGAAACUAAUUCCACAGCUUCAGGUUCUGGAUGAUGUUCCAGCCGAGGAGGAAGAGCCUAACUGCUCCAGUGCCAUGAUGGAAUGGGCUUUGCUUAAAGAAUCCAUUAAAGACACUCCCUCUUUAGCAGACAGAGCCAAUGACUGCCUGGAACUCAUGGAAUUAAGAGGUGAAUCAGGUGUGUGUGACUUGCCACGACCGAGCUCUGCCCAGCGCCCAGGCUCUAGUAUGGGAUACAACAGUCCUUUCAGCCGCCCAAGCACUGCCAGGCCUUCUUCAUCCUCCUUCAGCUCCAGACCAAGCUCAGCUGAUUCAGAUGCAGAUACUCCUGACCAUGAGGCCAGUGAUUUGACACAUGGGGUGGGAAGAGUUCUGUUCUGUGGGAAUCCUCUUCAAGCCAUUCGAGCACGACGACAGAAAAUAAAGCUUCAAGACCCCAGCUCUCAUUCCAGACCCUUUACUCAGCUAGGUAGUUAUGUCCCUGAGCACACGUACGAUGUUGUAGAAACAAGCAUUCAGGACCGCAGUGAUGUAUUUGCUGAACUCAGAGCCUGGAGGAAAGAACAUAACAAAUGUCUUGUAGCCAUUGAGAGAGACCAUCAGCCACAAGUGAUGAGAAUCAUACAUAGUGAUGGUGACAAUGAUGAUGAUAUUGAUGGCGAUGAUGAUAAUAAUGAGAAUAAAGUCAGCAGUUAUGAAUAUGAUGAAGGAGCCCAUAGUCUCGGCCUAAUCAGUGACAAAGAAGACGAAGUGGAAACCCAAGAAGGACAAAAGACCAGCCACAGAGAUACUCAAUCUCCUGAUUCCUUGUUCCAGUCUCCUUCACCAGAGAUGUCUAGAUUUUCGCCUUUAUUAGACCACACCAUGGCUCCGUCUCCACCACCCAGAGCUGCAGCGCCCUCUACGGGCAAGAGGAUCGCACAGAUUCGAGCUCGCAGACUUAAGGUCAAUAAAAUGGGGGUUGGUAUGCAAGAGCUUACCAGGGAAACCAUUACAUCAGAUGUAACAGGAUCAAGAGAUAUGAAUCAUAAGGUUCUGUGCUCUGGAGAUUUGAAAAUGCAACCUGCCCCACCUCAGAUACUCAAUCAGGCUCAUAGACCGGGCUCCAGCUCCAUGAACACUCUGCAAUGGGAAUACUGUUCAGGAACUAGUCCAUCCAACAGUGAGCACAAACCAAUCAUUCGCUCAGUGAUGCAUGAGAGGCCAACACACACACGUCCUCAUACAGCAAGAGCGGCUAUGCAGAGACCUCCUGUCCAGCCUGUUAAUACAAGUGGCCACUUGGACUGAGGCCUUCAGCUUCUCAGACAUUAUGGACUGCUUACAUCUCUCUGGAGAACAUUUUAAAUCAAAUGCUUGAAAGAAAGAACUGUGGUUAGAGUCUAACUCUCUCCCACUCCAUCACCCUUAUAGUGGCUUAUAGAUGGCUUGGCUAAGUUGACUUUAUUAUCUUGUGUUAUAAUUUCUCAGGAACUGUAUUUUUUUUUUUUUAAAGAAAAACAUUUUGUCCAAAAAAAGAACACAUUAAAUAUUUCCCAUUUAAAGCAUUGUGCAAUAUAAUGAUCAGCUUGUCCACCUGCCGCACAACCAGCAGAGACACAUUAUUAAAUCAUAUUUUAUGCACCACUAGGGGGUGCUCUUUGAAAGCCAACA